GCUACCUACCUUUGGUCAGGCCGAUUUCAUGCAGAGUUUCCACAACAUGGAUUUUUGCAGAAGCUGUUGCCUCUCCUUUGGCAUUUGAUGCAUGGCACUCAUACUCUCCAGCAUCCUCUUUACUCAGAGGAGAUAUCUAGUGGAAGAAACACAUCCCCCACUUUUUAGGUGGGACAAAUCACUUCUGAUGGGUUUUGAAGAUGAAACAUGGAGUGUCCUUGGUUGGAGCAAAGCUACUGGGACUGAUCCCACAUCACAGUACUUCCUUCUCCAGGGGUAUACAUGCACCUAACUGUAAGCUGUUCAGGCUGAUGGGCACAUGCCCCAGAUGGAAAUUCAAGUGUUCAACAUUUCAGGUGAUCCAUCCAUCUACUGAAAUUAGAGGGCACACACAGCUGAAGAGGAAUCAGAUGCUAUGCUUAAACUACAGUGCAACACAUAAGCUCAUUCUCUUCCCUGAUGGGAAGGUUUCUGAAUAUUGGGCCAUACGUUCAGCUGACUGGUGUAAGACAAGGCUGGUGAAAGAACUAGAAAACCAAGAUAUUGUUCAAAUAGCAUGUGGGGACCACCACUCCAUGGCACUAUCCAGAGGAGGUGUGCUCUUCACCUGGGGCAAGAACACCCAUGGACAGCUUGGACUGGGGAGUCAAACCACGUUAGUUUCCCAACCGCAGGUGGUGGAAACACUAAAGGGCAUCUCACUUGCUCAAAUUGCUGCUGGAGGAUCUCACAGUAUUACCGUGUCACUCUCUGGAUCUGUGUACUCCUGGGGAAAGAAUGAUUUUGGACAGCUGGGGCUUGGAGACACAGAAGACAGGCACUACCCAUCAUAUGUUGGAGCAUUAGAACACUGGAAGACUGUAUUUAUCUCAUGUGGGGCAGAUCAUACUGCAGUUCUCUCUAAGGAGGGUGUGGUGUGCACCUUUGGAGCAGGAGGGGCUGGCCAGCUUGGUCACAACUCCACCCGGAAUGAACUCACUCCUCGUGUGGUGGCUGAGCUGUGGGGAGCAAGAGUUUCACAGGUUGCCUGUGGCAGAGAGCACACCCUGGUCUAUGUCCCCUCCUUGGACAAAGUAUAUUUGUUUGGUUCUGAUGAAGGACAGUUGGGAGAUAAGAGAAAAACUAAUCAGUUGAUACCACUUCCCGUCAGUUCACCAGUGAACACUGGAGAAUGCUGCCACGGGGGAAAAAAGUCAGAAAAGGUCAUUGAACUUAUUGCUGAAGGAAACCCAACUAUUGUCCUGCGCAAGAAAAGAAAGAAUUUGAAUAGAAUUGCCACUCUGCAGGAUGAAGUGAAUCUGUGGAUUUCUAAUUCUAGUUUGCAUCAUUGGCAGACUAUGAAAAUGAAUAUCAGACUAAUCUUUUCAUCUGAGGCUUGCAUCAACGGAAGCUUCUUGGAACAAAGAGACAAACAUUUCAAAACUUCCAAAGAGGUUUCAGGUGUAGACAUGUCACAAGUGCAACGUUUUUAUAAGAAGAUCAGCAAAAUGCCAGAAGUCUUGCGGGAGGUGCAAAAGGAUAUUGAGAAUUUGCUGCCAUCAUUGUCUUCCUCUCCCAUCUCACCUGAAAAUUUCAGAGUCUACUUGAUCUUGCCUUUCUUUCUGCAGGGAGAGGAUGACAGCUCUUACCUUUCACUCAGGCUAUUAGCACAAGCCAUCAUGAAACUACAGCCAAAGGACCGGCAAAUCCUUGAAUGCCUGUGGUCAAACCUAGAAACAUCCUUUUUCAAGCAGUUGGUCUUUCUGUAUCAGAGGCUUUUCCAGAAAACUUUGUCUCAGGUUCUCAAGGAAAUUGAAGAUUUUCAAAGAAAUUCUUUUGACUUGCACCCUCAUGAAAUAGUGAUUCUGGAAAUACUGCAGAUUCUUUACCAGGUGAACUCCAGGACUGGUUUCAGAGUACAAGAAAGCACUUUCCAUGUGCCUCAAGCCAAAGUGCUUAUAGACCUGUAUUUUAUCAUUUAUGCCAAACGAGUGUCCCUAUGGCAGCUGACCAAAUAUCCAUUCAUAUUUGACAUGAAAGACAAGAUUCAGAUUCAUACAAUGGAAUGCAUUGGUUUGUCCAUCCGUGGUAUAACUACUGUAAGAAUGGACAAUAUUUCCUGCACUGUAGAGCAGGAAUGCUGGCAUUUUUCAGUCAGAAGACAGUAUCUUCUGCAAGACAUCUGGACCUGCCUAAAUAAUGCACCAACCCAGCAAUUCAAGAAGGUAUUACAGGUGUUUUUCGUGGGCGAGGAAGGAGAGGACCGAGGCGGGCCGGUUCAGGAGUUCUUCAGCACCGCUGCCAGGGCCCUCUGUCAUCCCGACACCGGAGCUUUCUGCCGCGUCGCCUCUGAUCUGGCGUGGUUCCCCAGCCGGGGCUCGGGUCGCGGGGAGAGCUUUUUGCUGGCCGGGACGCUGUGCGGAAUGGCCCUGUUCAACAGGCGCAUGGCUCCCUUCCCCUUCCCCACGGCGCUCUACAAGAAGCUGCUCGGGCUGGCGCCCACCUUGGACGACCUGGAAGAGCUGUGGCCAGCCACGGGCCGGAAUCUCCGGGGAAUUUUGGAUGAAGAAUGUGAUGAGAUGUUUGAAGUCCUGAGAAUGAACUUCACAAUUAUGGAAGAAGGAGAUUCCACGAUUACCGUUGAACUUAAAAAAAAUGGUGCCAACAUUCCUGUCACUAGGCAUAACAGGAAAGAAUUUGUUGACUUGUAUGUGAAUUAUGUGUUAAACGAUGCAAUACGGAAGCCAUUUGAAGACUUUAUGCAGGGGUUUUUAAGAGGCUGCCCAGCCACAACGUGGAAGAUGUUUCUCCCUGUAGAGCUCCAGACUGUUCUCCAGGGACACACAAAAUUUGACUGGCAUCUGCUGGAAAAGAAUGUGAAGUACAGACAGUAUAAUAUGUUAGAUCAAACAAUCAGGAAUUUUUGGAGUGUGUUUCACAAACUCCCAGAAGAAAAGAAGAAAAUGUUUCUUGCUUUUUUGACAGGAUCUGAUCGAAUCCCUGCCUGCAGACAGGAAUCUUUUACAUUUCAGAUUGCAGAUCCUGAAGUAGCAAAUCCAGAUGAGGUCUGUCUUACGGCCAAUACCUGCAGCCACAUUUUGUUCUUACCCAGAUACAGCAGAAAAAGAAUACUCAAGAAAAUGUUGCUCUAUGCCAUAGAGCAUAAUGAAGGUUUUGGCUUGGCCUGCGCUGAGGCGGCCGCGCGCAAGCGGCGGGAGCCCAAAGCCGCCCCCCGCCGCGAGGACACAGCGGGCGGGCGGGCGGGCGGGCGGCAGGCAGGAGGCGGGACGGCAAGCCGCCGGUCUGUGCUCCGGGGCCGGCCCCCUGCUUCUCAUUGGCCGCCCUGCACUGUCACUCCCAGCGGUGACAGCCGCGUCCCGGGGCCGGACUUCCUUGGUGCCGUGGCGGCAGCGGCGGGGCUGGCUGCAGAGACACCUGGGCUGGACCUCAGCCCGUGCACUGCGAUCCGGCCUGGGCCGGCCCGGCGAGGCGAGUGCCGAGGCAGAGAAAACUCAGCUUCCCGGUGCGUCUGCGAUAGAGCUGCUGCCGGUCCCGGUACGAAGCGAUGUGUAUGGGAGACGGAGCUAAAGGCGACAGCGCGGGGGAUGCGCGGCGCUGAGCGGCGGUAUGGCGGAGCCCCGCAGCCCCUUCUCCUGCUCGCCACCCUUCGGGCGAGUAGAGGGGUGCGCUGCUGUGAGGUGCUGGUGCUGGAGGGGCAGCGGGUGUCCGAGGCCGCCGCUGUCGGUCCCUGGGCCUGGGGGUCGGUGGACGCGCCGGGCCCGCAGAGAUCGCGUAAAACGGCGGGCUUCGAGUGGGAUGCAGCAGCAGCAGCAGCAAACACGGAAACCAAGAAGGGAGGGAUACAUGACUUGUUGAAAAGAGAGAAGAAAAUGCUAUGCUGGGGAUACUCAUCCUUUGGACAACCUGGGAUAGGUAGCAACCUCCAGGUUAUCAUUCCUGAACCCCAGGUGUAUGGAUUCAUUCAUGACAGAAAUGUCAAGGAAGUGGCAUGUGGAGGAAACCACUCUGUAUUCCUCUUGGAAGAUGGGGAAGUGUAUACCUGUGGCUUGAACACCAAAGGCCAGCUGGGACAUGACUGUGAAGGAAGCAAACCAGAGCAAAUCGAAGCCCUGGCUGGGCAGCACAUUGUACAUGUGGCCUGUGGAGAGUCUCACAGUGUGGCACUCAGUGACCAGGGCCAGCUCUUCUCCUGGGGUGCUGGCAGCGAUGGACAGUUGGGCCUCACCACUAUAGAAGAUGCAGUGAUGGUACCAAGGUUGAUAAAGAAACUGAACCAACAGACAAUACUGCAGGUUUCCUGUGGAAAUUGGCAUUGCCUGGCUUUGGCAGCAGAUGGCCAGUUCUUCUCAUGGGGGCAGAACAGCUAUGGUCAGCUGGGCUUGGGAAAAGAAUGUCCCUCUCAAGCCAGUCCACAACGUGUCAAGUCUCUUGAUGGGAUCCCUUUGGCUCAGGUUGCUGCAGGCGGAGCCCACAGUUUUGCCCUUUCUCUCUCUGGAGCUGUGUUUGGCUGGGGGAGGAACAGCUCAGGACAACUGGGACUAAGUGAUGAACGAGACCGAGAAUCCCCUUGUCACGUGAAGCUCUUGCGGUCUCAGAAGGUUGUUUACAUCAGCUGUGGAGAAGAACACACAGCAGUUCUGACAAAGAGUGGAGGGGUGUUCACGUUCGGUGCAGGUUCCUGUGGGCAACUGGGACACGACUCCAUGAAUGAUGAAGUGAACCCCCGAAGAGUUCUUGAGCUAAUGGGCAGUGAAGUAUCCCAGAUUGCUUGUGGCAGACAUCACACAUUAGCCUUUGUGCCUUCUUCAGGAAUGAUCUAUGCAUUUGGCUGUGGAACAAGAGGCCAGCUGGGAACAGGGCAUACUUGCAAUGUUAAGUGUCCCUCUCCCGUCAAGGGUCACUGGGCAGCUCACAACGGGCAACUCUCAGGGAAGCCUGAUGCCUGUAAAUAUCACAUUGUUAAACAUAUCUUCUCUGGAGGAGACCAAACAUUUGUGCUUUGCUCCAAGUAUGAGAAUUCCUUGCCUGCUGAUGAUUUCCGGACCAUAAAUGAAACACGUUACACCUGUUUAAUAAAUGAUGAAACUAUAGAUGUCUGGAGGCAAAAGCUUUUAGAAAAGAACAGUUCUAAUUCUGUCAACAAUGUUGUUCAGAUCCUCUCUUCAGCUGCCUGCUGGAAUGGAAGCUUCUUGGAGAAGAAAAUCGAUGAACAUUUUAAAACCAGUCCAAAGAUCCCAGGGAUUGAUCUGAACUCCACCAGAGUGCUGUUUGAGAAGCUGAUGAACUCUCAGCACUCCAUUCUCCUAGACCAGAUACUAAAGAGCUUUGAAAGUUUUUUGAUUCCCCAGCUGUCCAGCUCACCACCAGAUGUGGAGGCAAUGAGGAUCUAUUUGAUUCUCCCUGAAUUCCCACCCUUUCAGGACUCCAAGUAUUACAUCACCUUAACGCUUCCCCUUGCAAUGGCUAUCCUGCGCCUGGACACCAACCCCAGCAAAGUUCUUGAUAACUGGUGGUCUCAGGUGUGCCCAAGAUACUUCCUCAGGCUAGUGGACCUCUAUAAAGGUGCAGUUGUUUACCUCCUCAGUGGACGAAAGACACUGUUGAUCCCUGUCCUGUUCAGUAGCUACAUUACAGCUGCUCUCAGACUUCUGGAAAAACUACACAAGGUAAAUCAGAAGGUUAAACACAUAGAGUACGAUAAGUUUUAUAUCCCUGAGAUUUCCAGCUUGGUGGAUAUUCAGGAGGAUUAUCUCAUGUGGUUCUUGCAUCAGGCUGGAAUGAAAGUAAGACCAUCUAUCAUGCAGGAUGCUGUGACACUCUGUUCUUAUCCUUUCAUCUUUGAUGCUCAGGCUAAGACCAAAAUGUUACAGACAGAUGCAGAACUACAAAUGCAGGUUGCAAUAAAUGGUGCAAAUUUGCAGAAUGUCUUCAUGCUUCUCACCCUGGAGCCUCUGCUGGCCAGAAGCCCUUUCCUGGUACUUCAUGUUCGAAGAAGUAACUUAGUUGGUGAUGCUUUGAGGGAGUUGAGCAUCCAUUCAGACAUCGAUUUGAAAAAGCCUCUUAAAGUCAUCUUUGAUGGUGAGGAAGCUGUUGAUGCUGGAGGAGUGACAAAAGAAUUUUUCCUCCUGUUGUUGAAAGAACUGCUCAAUCCCAUCUAUGGCAUGUUCACUUACUAUCCAGAGUCAAACCUGCUGUGGUUUUCAGACACGUGUUUUGUAGAACACAACUGGUUUCACUUGAUUGGCAUCAUAUGUGGUCUUGCAAUAUACAACUUCACAGUGGUAGACCUUCACUUUCCACUGGCUCUGUACAAAAAACUCUUGAAUGUGAAGCCCUGCCUAGAGGAUUUGAAGGAGCUAUCCCCUACGGAAGGAAGGAGUCUUCAGCAACUUUUAGAUUACCCUGGGGAAGAUGUAGAAGAGACAUUCUGCUUGAAUUUUACAAUCUGCAGGGAAAGCUAUGGUGUGACAGAGCAGAAGAACCUCAUUGAAGAUGGAGAUAAAAUUCUGGUACAGAAGGACAAUAGGAAAGAAUUUGUUGAAGCCUACGUAAAUUAUAUCUUCAACCUCUCCAUCCAUGAGUGGUACACAGCCUUUUCUACUGGCUUCCUGAAAGUGUGUGGUGGGAAAGUCCUGGAACUCUUCCAGCCCACAGAGCUCAGGGCCAUGAUAGUUGGAAACAGUAACUACAACUGGGAGGAAUUGGAGGAGAGCGCUGUCUAUAAGGGAGACUACACCGCAACACACCCGACUGUCAGAAUGUUUUGGGAAACCUUUCAUGCAUUUCCCUUGGAAAAGAAGAAGAAAUUUCUCUUGUUUCUGACGGGCAGCGAUCGCAUUCCCAUCUACGGCAUGUCCAGCCUGCGUAUCGUCAUCCAGUCCACGGCCAGCGGGGAGCAGUACCUGCCGGUGGCACACACCUGCUACAACCUCCUAGACCUGCCCAAGUACAGCAGCAAGGAGAUCCUCAGCGCCCGGCUGGUGCAAGCCAUUGACCACUACGAGGGCUUCAGCCUAGCUUGA